AUGACAAAGUACUAUUCCGAGACAUUGGGCCUUGAAAAGACCAAUCCAGCGUUAUGGAGGCUCCGCACAGACGAGCUAGGCAGAGAAACAUGGCAUUACCUUCUGCCCAAGGAAGCUGAAGCUGAACCUCAGCUGAGAACCACCAAGUACCUUUUGGAUAUGGACGACUUCCCGGCGCCAAACGCUGAAGAGGAACUUACCCAUCCAUUUGAUGCUGCUGCUAAGGGCCUGGAGUUUCUUGCCCAGAUCCAGGAAGAUUGUGGUACGUUCGCUUGCCAGUAUAAGGGCCCAAUGUUCAUGACUAUAGGGUAUGUGGCAGCGUCGUACUUUACCAAGACGCCAAUUGGCGAUGCCCAGAGAAAGGAGAUGAUUAGGUAUAUUGUGAAUACGGCACACCCUGUUGAUGGCGGCUGGGGCUUGCAUAGCGUGGAUAAGUCUACGUGUUUCGGUACGUCUAUCAACUACGUGUGUUUGAGGCUUUUGGGACUUUCUAAAGACCACCCGGUUUGUGUCAAGGCACGUAAGACGCUUCACAGCUUGGGUGGUGCUUUGGGAAACCCGCAUUGGGGUAAAGCGUGGCUUUCCAUUCUUAGCUUGUACGAAUGGGAAGGCGUGAACCCAGCUCCUCCUGAAUUGUGGUCUUUGCCAUACUGGAUGCCUAUCCAUCCUGGCCGUUGGUGGGUCCACACUCGUGCUAUUUACUUGCCAUUGGCUUAUUUGAGUGCCAACCGUAACAAAUGUGCUCUUGAUCCGUUGCUUGAGGAGAUCAGGGAGGAGAUCUACUUGCCUAGGCAGUUGCCAUACUCUAAGAUCGACUUUUCCAAGCACAGAAAUACUGUUUGCGGUGUGGACUUGUAUUAUCCACAUACGAAGGUUUUGGAUACGUUGAAUUGGGUGGUGGUUAACUAUGAGAAGUACGUGAGACCCAACUGGCUUCUUCGUAAAAGCAGCAAGAGAGUCUAUGAACUCAUCCAAAAGGAGUGUAAAAACACCGACUACUUGUGCAUUGCGCCAGUCAGUUUCUGCUUCAACAUGAUUAUCACAUACCUUGAAGAAGGCCGUGAUUCAUACGCAUUUCAACGUUUCUUGGACAGAAAAGAUGACGUGCUUUUCCAUGGUCCUCAGGGUAUGACUGUUAUGGGUACCAAUGGUGUUCAAACAUGGGAUGUGGCUUUCAUGUGUCAGUACCUUAUCAUGGCAGGAAUGUCUAGGUACCCAAAGUACCACGAUAUGAUUCUCAAGGGCUACUGGUUCUUGCGCCGGUCGCAGUUUACGGAAGAAUGUGAAGAAGGCAGUUUCAGAGACAAGAGAAAGGGUGCCUGGCCUUUCAGUACCAAGACUCAGGGUUACACUGUGAGUGAUUGUACUGCUGAAGCAGUCAAGGCCAUUAUUAUGGUGGAAAACGAUGAUUUCUUGGGCAACAAGAUUCCAGAAGAAAAGAAAAUCGAGAGACAAAACCUUGAAGAUGCAGUGGAUAGAAUUCUUUUCAUCCAGAACACUGGCAGUUUCGAGUUUGGUUCUUUCUCAUCCUACGAACAUAUCAGAGCCACCCCAAAGCUUGAACUCAUCAGUCCUGCUGAAGUAUUCAACAACAUCAUGGUCGAGUAUCCCUACGUGGAAUGCACAGACUCGUCUGUUUUGGGACUCACCUACUUCAACAAGUACUACCCAGACUACAAACCAGUACAGAUCAACUUUGCAAUUGACAAUGCCAUCCAGUACAUCAUCAAGACCCAAGAUCCAUACGACGGCUCGUGGUACGGCCUGUGGGGUGUUUGUUUCACUUAUGCUACUAUGUUUGCCAUUGAAGCAUUGGAAACCGUUGGCCAUUCUUAUGAUAACUCAAAGACCGUGCAAAAAGGUUUGGAUUUCCUUAUCAGAAAACAAGAAGAUGACGGUGGCUGGAGUGAAUCUAUGAAAGCCAGUGAAACACAUACUUACGUUCCAACCGGUAAGUCUUUGGUUGUUCAAACUGCCUGGGCUGUUAUUGCAUUGAUUCUUGGUGACUACCCAGACAGAAAGCCUAUUGAUAAGGCUAUUAAGCUUCUUAUGGAAAGACAGUCUUUGGCUGGUGAAUGGAAGUUUGAAGAUGUUGAAGGUGUGUUCAACCACAGUUGUGCUAUUGAAUAUCCUACUUAUAAGUUUUUGUUCCCUAUUAAGGCAUUGGGAUUGUAUGCUAAUAAGUAUGGCUACGAUAGUAUACCAGGCUUGUGA